GCCGCCAUAGGGAGAAGAAGAUCCUGCUUAGUGAACCGGGAGGGGGUGUCCAUUUUAUUUACACUAGAGAGAUAGCUUUGUAACUGAAAGUCGGCUUUUCUCUGGCUUCAAAAGUUAAAAAACAGAUUUUUAGAGAUGAGCAGUUCGGAAGAAGUGUCGUGGAUUUCCUGGUUCUGUGGACUGAGGGGGAAUGAGUUUUUUUGUGAGGUGGAUGAGGAUUACAUCCAGGACAAGUUCAACCUGACGGGCCUGAAUGAGCAGGUUCCUCACUACCGCCAGGCCCUGGACAUGAUCCUGGACCUGGAACCGGACGAGGAGCUGGAGGAUAAUCCCAACCAGAGCGACCUGAUCGAGCAGGCGGCCGAGAUGCUUUACGGCCUCAUCCACGCUCGCUACAUCCUCACCAACCGAGGCAUCGCGCAGAUGCUGGAAAAGUACCAGCAGGGAGACUUUGGAUAUUGUCCCCGGGUUUAUUGUGAGAAUCAGCCCAUGCUGCCCAUCGGCCUGUCGGACAUCCCAGGAGAGGCCAUGGUGAAGCUCUACUGCCCUAAAUGUAUGGACGUUUACACACCCAAGUCCUCCAGACACCACCACACAGACGGGGCCUACUUCGGCACCGGCUUCCCCCACAUGCUCUUCAUGGUUCACCCCGAGUACCGGCCCAAACGGCCCGCCAACCAGUUCGUCCCCCGCCUGUACGGCUUUAAGAUCCACCCCAUGGCCUACCAGCUGCAGCUGCAAGCCGCCUCCAGCUUCAAGAGCCCCGUCAAGGCCAUCCGCUAGGAGCAACGACGAAGACGAGGAGGAGGACGAGCGUGGCGAAAGGAAAGUCAGGAAAGAAGCACGUGGAGAGGGGUCAGCUGCAUUUCCCCCAGAUGGCCCCUCGCCAUCAUGAAGACUGUAUUAUUUUUGCUUUAGAUUAGCCCAUAUGAGGGGAAAAAGGGUAAAGAUUUAAGUGUGAACGAGACGGAAGAAUAAAACACACACACACACUUACACAGAUAUGAUCAUGGUGAGAAACACACACACACCCACUCAUGUAGACGGAGCCACACACUUUAGAUUCACCGAACUCAUCCGUGCCAAAAACAGAAGGUGUGAGGAAGCGGAGAGACGGAAGGACGGAGGGAUGGAGAGACGGAGGGAUGGAGAGACGGAGGGAUGGAGAGACGGGGGGGCUUCGUGGCGCCGCAGGCUGUGAUCCUCCAUCUCUGCUCGGCUUCCUCUCCCGUUUGGAUGCUGCUGGGAGGCGGUUCUUAUUUUUACUUUCUCUUCAUCGGAACAGGAAAACAUGGAGGCAUUUCUGGGGCGGUCGUGUGUGUUAAAUUUGCCUAAAGGUGCAGAAAAUAAUCAAAUCUGACUUUCUGAGUCGUCAAUUGUAAUUGAUGUGUAAAAACCUCCUGCAUGCGAAAAGCAGCCGCCAGUAGAAACGCAGCUUCUGCUCCGAAUGUCGGCAGAUUUCCUCCUUCCCCGCAGAAACAGUUUGACGUCGAGACGUUUCAUCCAUUCAGACCCUGAAAACGCUGGUAGAUGGUCUGUAGGACUCGCUGUUUGUCAACGCAGCUGGUUUUAGUUUGUGUUGUUUGUUGUUUUUGUUUGCUUUCCUCUAACCAGGAAGCUGUGAAUGUGACCUUUUGACCCUGCUGGCUUGUUUGGUUUUUAUUUUUUAGCUAACAGACUUGAAACUCAUAAAUCUCAAAGACGGGAGUUAAACUUUGCUCUGAUUUCAGGUUAAUGUUUCUUUAUACUUUAAAAUUUAUGUUCAUUUUUAAAAAUAUUAAAUAUAAGGGUUCAGAAUCGGACUUAAAAUAUGCCAUUUGGUUUGAUCAAACAUCUGAGUUUAAUUUCUGACUUCGUCAUCUAGCAGAUAAAAAUCUUUUAUCUUGAUUUAUAUUUGGAUGACCUCCAUCAAAUAUUUGUUUUAGUUUGCAGCCUGAUUGUUUUUGCUGCUCCUGCAUAGUUUCGCAGAUUGUUUUGUUUUAGUGUUUAGUUAUAAUCCUUAAUCUGGAUUAGACGCUACAGAAACUAUUUUUGAGAGUUUUUACAAACAAAAAUGAUCACAAACUGAUUUAAAUUACUCAUUUAUUGUAAGACACUCCAGUCUAGAUUUGAAAAAUUUUAGUUUUCUUGUUAAAAUAGUCAGUGAUUCAAAAAAGCUAAAAAAUAAAUGAAUCGGGUGAUUAUGAACCUCCUGACGUUUUCGUACCACAAAGUUUAUAAAAAUUUUCUGAAAUAUUUUUCAGAUGCUGAAUUUUGUGGAUUCAGAGAUGGAAGUAUUGGAGAGGUUUUGUUUGGUGCCGGGGUCACGGGGUCACUUCAUUUCCCUAAAACGGCUUCCUAAGCCUGGACUGAACAGCUUUGUGUGAGUUUCUUCUAGUUGUUGGUAUUUAUUGCCUUCUAAUCAUCAUUCUGAUCAAAUAUCAUGAUUAAUCUAUUUGUAUGUCUGCUGAACGGUUUCUGCUGCAGCCCUUGUGGUUCUGAUCCACGUUCUGGCCCACGAUCAAACCAGAAUAAUGAAGUCGGUCGGUAAUCUGUGUUUUCACUCUGAAGGUUUUGCUAGAAACAUGAUGUGGUGCCACUUUGGCCGACUUAGAUUUUUUUCUUUUAUGUUAGUUUUCUUUGAUGUUUUGGUUGCAUCCACAGGCUCUGACCUCCUGGUUUCUACCUUUUCCGCUGUCUAGCUGCCUCCAUAUCCGCAGUAACCAACUCUUAAUUCAUAAAUAAAAACAUAAACAUGUCAAACUAUUUCUGAGGAGUUCGACAAUCUGAAUCCGUCAGCUCGUUCUUCUGCUGCACCGAUCCGACUUUAGCCUCUCCUGUUUUUAUUUAUGUUGAGCUUCAGAGACGGCCUCUCCACCAGACCUGUGUUUACCUUUUCUUUUCACCUUUUCCUCCCAGUUUUUGAUGGAUUCAACAGGCCGUACCCUCUUUUGUGUGACUGCAACAGAGUUUUCUUUUCAAGACUUCAUGACACAAGAGAAACUGUAUUUAUGUGUCCAGAUCUUAACUCAUGUUUGUGUUGUUGUGUUUGUGCGACUGGAAGGCUGAGCAGGAUUCGGAAACUCAAUAAACUUCUAUUUUCUUUUCA